CACUUUGAAAAUUCGAUUAACGUGUUCACUUAGCAUAUUGUUGGCCAUUGUCCCGUAGGACAAGUUCUGGUGCGGUUUCGUUCGCGAUUAUUUUUUGUGACUUAUCAUGAAUUUGUGGUGACUAUUAAUUGUUAAAAAUGAACCGUGGUUCGAGAGAAGAACUGCUUGGCAGCUCGCAUGAGGCCGUGCGGAACAGCACGGUCGACUUGUACAGUUUCCAAGAGAAGCCGCUGACGAAGGAAGAGAAAUCUUUCCUUCUAAACGCGGACAGAGGAGACUAUGUUACUGUUAAGAGGUUGAUAGAGGUGUACGCGAACAAGCCGGAAAUACUCGACAUAAACUGCGUGGACCCUCUCAACAGAUCAGCUCUCAUCGCCGCCAUCGAAAAUGAAAACAUUGAACUCAUAAAACUCUUGCUCGGUUCUGGGAUUAAAGUGAAGGAUGCGUUACUGCAUGCGAUCAAAGAGGAGUACGUGGAGGCUGUGGAAUUGCUACUGCAGUGGGAAGAGGAAAACCAUGUCCCCGGCGAGCCUUAUAGCUGGGAAUCCGUAGACGCGGCAGCGGCAACAUUCACCUCGGAUAUAACACCUCUGAUCCUAGCAGCGCACCGCAAUCACUAUGAAAUACUAAAAUUGCUGCUGGACAGAGGCGCCACUCUACCCGUGCCCCACGACGUCAAAUGUGGAUGUGACGAAUGCGUGAAAUCAUCUCAAGAGGACUCAUUAAGACACUCCCAAGCUCGUAUCAACGCGUACCGUGCAUUGAGCUCUCCUUCCCUCAUCGCCCUCUCGUCCGCCGACCCUCUGCUCACCGCCUUCGAACUGUCUUGGGAGCUGGGCAGACUAAGCCGCAUGGAAACUGAAUUUAGAAUAGAAUACAAGACCCUUCGUCAGCAAUGCCAAGAAUUCGCCACGUCUCUUUUGGACCACACGAGGACAUCCCAGGAGCUGGAAAUCAUGCUAAAUUACAACCCCUGGGACUUUGACAGCUGGGAACCGGGCGAAAGACAAACGCUUGGAAGAUUGAAACUGGCUAUCAAGUAUAAGCAAAAAAUGUUCGUAGCACAUCCGAAUGUACAACAAUUAUUAGGAACUAUUUGGUACGAAGGUCUGCCAGGAUUCAAAAGGAAGAGCAUAGUAGGACAAUGUGUACAGGUGGCUAAACUCGGCGCUAUGUUUCCCGUAUACUGCACGAUAUACAUGUUGGCACCGGAUUCCGAAUACGGCCAGUUUAUGAAGAAACCCUUUGUCAAGUUCAUUAGUCAUAGCUCCUCGUACAUGAUGUUUCUAAUGUUACUGUCCCUGGCUUCCCAAAGAGCUGAAUAUUUAGUUCUGGAAUGGUCUGGUAUAUCUUGGUUGCAAGAGCUGGUCGAGUUUUGGAAAACCCGCGAACGAGGCUCUCUACCUGGUCUGAUAGAAUCCACUGUCAUCAUCUUCAUAGCAAGUUUAGUAUGGGGCGAAAUAAGAUCACUUUGGGAGAACGGACUCUUAGAAUAUUUGAGUGAUUUAUGGAAUAUAGUCGACUUUAUCACGAACGUCUUUUAUAUAGCUUGGAUAAGUUUGCGUUUUUCUUCAUGGUAUAUUGUACAGCGGGAUUACCAAAGCGGCAAGGAUCCUUGGUACCCAAGAGAACGCUGGGAUUCAUUCGAUCCAAUGCUGCUCUCGGAAGGCGCCUUCGCAGCCGGCAUGAUCUUCUCCUUCCUUAAGCUGGUCCACAUCUUCUCCAUCAAUCCCUACCUUGGGCCGCUCCAAGUGUCUCUCGGCAGGAUGAUCAUUGACAUCAUCAAAUUCUUCUUCGUCUAUAUGCUUGUGCUAUUUGCCUUUGCCUGCGGUCUAAACCAGCUGAUGUGGUACUACGCUGAGUUGGAGAAGCAUAAGUGCUAUCACCAUGCAUCUGUUAUUCCUGACUUUGAUACUCAAGAAAGAGCUUGUAGUAUUUGGAGACGUUUUGCAAACUUAUUCGAAACAUCCCAAUCACUCUUCUGGGCUUCGUUUGGUUUAGUCGACCUUACAACCUUUGAGCUAACUGGUAUCAAGAGCUUCACCAGAUUCUGGGCGCUACUGACCUUCGGCUCGUACUCCGUGAUCAACAUCAUUGUACUCCUGAACAUGCUCAUUGCUAUGAUGUCCAACUCUUAUCAGAUAAUUUCCGAAAGGUCCGAUGUGGAAUGGAAAUUCGCUCGAAGCAACCUCUGGAUGUCGUACUUUGAAGACGGCGAUACGGUACCGCCCCCGUUUAAUAUUAUCCCCACUCCAAAACAUGUGAACGGCUGGAUACAAAAGGUUUUCCACAAUAAAGAAAGAGGAUCUAUAAUUAAUAAAUCACGCGAGAAGGCCCGUCAACAACACGAAGCCAUCAUGCGAAUCUUGGUUAGACGAUACGUAACAGCGGAACAGCGAGCCAGAGAUGAAGUCGGGGUAACAGAAGACGACGUUAUGGAGAUCAGGCAGGACAUAUCAACACUGCGCUUCGAGUUAAUAGAUAUUUUAGCCAACAACGGAAUGAAAACGCCGAGGAUCAACCUUCAAGAUACAACAAUAUCGGGCAAGAAAGGUAAAGUGAUGGAGAGGAGGAUCCUGAAGGACUUCCACAUUGGCAUCGUGGAAGGAAUAAUAAAGGACGUCAUAUCGAAGGAGAGCAAGCCCAAGGACGUGUUCAGUCAGAUCGCAAAAGCUAUUGUGAGACGAGGAAGUGAAAACGAUAAGAAGAAAGACUGGAACGCCAAAGUGCGCAGAAGCACAAUACGAAGAGACCCCAUCGGAACAACUGCUGAAGCUGCAACAAAGAAGAGCAGACAAUCCCUGAGAGCCCAUAUCUUGGACAACGUGUCAGCUAGGACUAUUGAUCCUCAAAAACUCUUGCAAUACAAUCCAAACCUAUCUUCGGUAACCCCGACCGCUCGCGUCGCGUACGCUAAGUUCAUGAGGAGCAAGAUCAAGUCUGACUUUACUGAGACGGAGUGCAAGCCAGAUGAUGAAGAAGAUGCUGCAGGUGAAGCAUCCGUGGCUAAAGAAUCUGAAUCUCAGGAAGCUGGACCUGAAGAAGUAAAGAAAGAUGAUCCACCUGACGGGGGAAAACCACCAAUACAAGAAAAACCAGAAGAUAAAAACGUAGAAGCAAAUAAAAUAAAAGUAGAAGCUGAUAUCGAAAAUAAAGGUUCUCAAGCUAAGACCGAAGAUCAAAAACAAUCAAAGUCUUCACCUCAAGAACCGACUAAAUCUACUGACGCAACAGCGUCUAAGUCCGAUAAGGAAACCACACCUCAGAAAAAUGGCGAAUCAAAAGACCAUGUCAUUCAAAUAGAGGAACCAGAAUCACCAACCAGUAGCCUAUACAUGACUAAGGAAGAAGAUAAAAAUCUGCAAAAACCUAUCUCACCUACACCAAGUGGACCUUCAGAGCAAAUUCUAUCAGCAUCUACUCUAGAAUCCGAUCAACAGAAGGAUUCGAAAACUCCAUCCGUUACAAUUACGGUUGAAGAGCCUAAAGAUGACCAACCAAAGGAACCUAAAAAGAAGGAACCAAAACCGAAGGAAAGCGCAGGAACUUCCAGACUGAGUCCAUCACCAGCUCCACCGAAACCAGGAAUAGUGACGGAUAAAGGGAAAUCUAAAGUUACUGGUAAAAUAGUUUCGGGAUGGCUUUAGGUCGUUGUGAAGAAAAAAAAAACUCACAAUAAUAUUUAUACACGUAUAUUUACAACAUUUACAGCUAUUAUUUCUGUCUUAGAUAUUUUUAUUUUUCUUUGACGUAUGUAAUAGUUAAAUAUAUAAUUUUAAAGUUAGCUAAGUGCCUUAAAUAUGAUUUUAUUUUUAUUACAGCAUACA